AUGGUGAGUAAGAAGAAGGAAAUAGGGUUGCAGGUCAACAUCAAUAACCAGGAACUUUGGGAGGAAAUGCUCAGUUCCAAAGGACUAACAGUGGUUGAUGUGUACCAAAGCUGGUGUGGACCCUGCAAAGCUGUGGUCAGUCUCUUCAGGAAAAUAAAACUUGAAGUUGGAAAUGGUCUUCAUUUUGCCACGGCAGAAGCAGACCGUCUUGAUAUUUUGGAAAAAUACCGAGGAAAAUGUGAACCUACCUUUCUUUUUUAUGCAGGAGGAGAAUUAGUUGCUGUGGUAAGAGGAGCAAAUGGGCCAUUACUGCACAAAACUAUUCUAGAUCAGCUGGAGGCAGAGAAUAAGGUUUUGGAACAAGGCAUCGAACGGAAAGUGAUUAAAGAUGCAGCUCUAUCCAUUGAAGAAGAAAGAGUUUCACAAGACCAAGAGUAUGGAAAAGAAGAUGAAGUAGUGUCAUUUGAAAGAUCUUGCACACUGGCAAUCAUUAAACCAGAAGCUGUGGCACAUGGGAAAGUUGAUGAGAUCAUCCUGAAGAUCCAGGAAGCUGGUUUUGAGAUUUUAACUAAUGAAGAAAGAAUCAUGACAGAGUCAGAAACAAGAUAUCUCUACCAAAAUAGAUCUGAAGAGGAAAUCUUUGAAAAGCUACUUCAGCACAUGUCGAAUGGACCAUGCCGGCUACUCAUAAUCUCAUUGCCUGAAAAUGAUAAAGAUGUAGUUGCUGCCUGGAGAGACUUCAUUGGUCCAAGUGAUAUAGAAACUGCUAAGAGAGAAAAUCCUGACAGUCUUCGGGCUCAGUAUGGCACAAUAAUGCCUUUUAACGCUAUCCAUGGCAGUGAGAACAGAGAUCAAGCCAACAGGGAGCUUGAAUUUUUUUUCCCAAAUUUUAAAAUUUCAGGAAGUGAUGCUGACAAAGUACCAAGGGAAGAAAUUCUACAGUGA